GUUUCUCUUCAAAUAAUGAAUCUAAUGUUUCAGGUUUAAGGAACCAAUCAGGUGUUAUGAUACAGACUCACCUGUUGCUCUGUACACAUCAACCCCUUUUACCCCACCCAUCAAUGAAGAGACCCUCACAGGACCCCCAGUGAGCAGUUAUUAAGGCCGAUAUGCCGUAUUUUGGGAACGAGGAGACGGUGAGGGAGUUGAAGAGGGCGCUGUCCAAUCCACACGUCCAAUCAGAUCGACUCCGAUACAGAAACUACAUCACACGGGUCAUCAGGUGUAUGACGGAGGGCGUGGACGUAUCCGGGGUGUUUAUGGAGAUGGUGAAGGCGAGUGUAUCUGUGGACGUGGUGCAGAAGAAGAUGGUGUUUCUCUACAUGGUGACGUACGCCAGUGUGAAGCCUGACAUGGCUCUGCUGGCUAUAAACACUUUAAGGAAGGACUGUGAUAAUCCGAACCCCAUGAUCCGAGGCCUGGCACUGCGCAGCAUGUGUAACCUACGGAUGCCCGGUAUUCUGGAGUACGUUCAGGCUCCUGUACUGAACGCUCUGAGAGAUAAAUCAUCUUACGUCAGGAGAGUAGCGGUGUUAGGAUGUGCCAAAUUACACCAUCUACACCCCGACCAGGAGAUCGAUGCCGAGGUGGUGAACGAGCUCUACGCCCUGCUGAGAGACCCUGACCCCGUGGUCAUGGUGAACUGUCUCCGGGCGCUGGAGGAGAUCCUACAGCAGGAGGGCGGAGUCGUCAUCAACAAACCCAUCGCUCACCACCUCCUCAACAGGUUGAAGGAUCUGGACAGUUGUGGUCAGAGCGAGGUCCUAACGUUCCUCCUGCGUUAUCGUCCUCGUAACGACGACGAGCUCUUCGACAUCUUCAGCCUGAUCGACUCCUUCCUGCUCAGCGCUCAGCCUCCCGUCAUGGCCGCCGCGCUCCGCUUCUUCCUGCACUUAGCCUCCGCCCACCCCACGGUGCAAAGCGACGCUCUCCAGCGCGCCCAGGGCCCUCUGCUGGCCGCCUGCGGUUCUGCAUCACGGGAGCUACGCUUCACCGCGCUCUGUCACGUUCAGCAGGCGCUGCGCAGUCAGCCACGCUCCUACAGCGGCCAUUACAAACGCUUCUUCUGCAGCUUCUCCGAGCCAGCGUACAUCAAGCUGCGUAAGAUGGAGAUCCUGGUGGAGCUGGUGAACGAUGAGAACGUGGUGCUGAUCCUGGAGGAGCUGAGGAGCUACUGCACCGACGUCUCUACUGAACUCGCUCAGGCCGCUAUUAAAGCUAUAGGUCGUGUUGGAAAAACGUACACAGAGAAAUGUUUGGAGAUUCUGACGGGACUGUUAGCGCUGAAACAGGAACACAUCUCAUCUGCUGUGUUCCAGACCUACAGAGAGCUGGUGUGGUUUUGUCCUCAGAGCGCUGCAGCAGUGUGUGGCUCUGUGGAGAGAAGUGAGGACGUCGUUCCUCAGGAUCAGCACGGUAAACAGGCUCUCUUGUGGUUGCUGGGAGUACAUGGAGAGCAGAUCAGUAACGCCCCCUAUGUGCUGGAGGUGUUUAUAGAUGGAAUAAAGACAGAGCUUUCCUCUGCAGUGAAGAUGGAACUGCUCACCGCGUCCCUAAAACUGUUCCUGUCCCGACCAGCCGAGACUCAGGACAUGCUGGGACGUCUUCUACACCACUGCAUCGAGGACGACGGUGACGUCUGUGUGAAGGAUCGAGCUCUGCUCUACUACAGACUCCUGCAGUUUGGAAUCGACCAAACCAGGAAGGUUCUACUGGGACCCAGAUCAGAUCCCUCCAUGACUGUGAUCACAGGACAACCUGAGGAAGCCGUCAAUCUCUGGGCCUCCAGAUUCAACACGUUAGAUCCUCUGAUAGGAGCUCACAGUCAGGUGGAGGGUGCUAGUCAGGAGGAAGCAGGUCUGCAGCACCGGGGUGAAGAACCUGCUGAUGGUGGAAUGGAAUUUAUUUCUCCUCAUCAAGGGUUGGAGAGUGAAGCUCCUACUGAAGGAGCUGCUGUUCCUGAAGCUCCUGAACCUGAUGAAGGUCUGGUCCUGACUCUGAGCCCUCCUCUACCUCAUGAUGUCUUUGAGAAGCUGUGGUUGGAGCUGCAGGUUUUCCAUCAGCAGAGUUUGGAGGUUCCUCGACCCUCAGCUUCACCCGAAACUCUGAAUGCUGCCUUCCAGCUGGUCAAGAUCCAGGUUCUAGCGUGUAGCCGGAGUGAUGCUCAGCCCUGGAGGCUCUACAUGUACAGUCGGAGCAGCGGAGGGAGUGGUGGGGGGAGCUUGAUCCUCGCUGAGCUCCUGCAGGGGGGCGCUGAUGAGCCAGAACAUCCCGCUGACCUCAAACUGUUUAUAAAGCAGCAGCCUGAGCAGUGUGAGGUUCUUCCAGCAUUCAUAUCCAUCAUCAGGAACGUCCUGCAGACCCUCAGCUCACAUCAGUCAUGAUCAGUUCACCCCGAUAAAUCUUUACAUUUAAUUAUUAAGGUGAAAUUGCCGUCGUCACCCCACAGCAUCGUGAUGAACCUGUUUAAAUCUGCUCUGUUUACUGAAUUGCUGGGCGUGUCGUCUCAAAACUUUUAUUAGACACACAGUACGAUGUGUGAGAGAUCAGACAGCAAGACUCACACGGCUCUUAACUAAUCAAUUCAACUUAACUAGUGCAGGAAAACGGUGCACCUGGCAACCCAGCGCUGGAGGAAAAAUAAACUCCAGCUGAUGAUGUGAACAGAUAAAGUGUGAACGAGUCUGAUUAAAGUACGUAGCUACGUACACCAGGACGCACGUUACAACGUUAGUGCAACGUAGUGCGACUACACCCUCAUGGAGGCGCUACACACCCUCACACAGGUUUUACUUGCUGGUGGAUUAAAGCUGAGAUUUUUCUCUGGUCACAAUAAAUAAUAAAAAUAAAGGUUUAUAGAGCUGA